AUGGAGAGAUUGCACGGACUCCUCCCAGAAUUCCCAGGCGCCUCCACUCUAGUGAGCGGGCUGAUCGAAUUACUGAGCUUCCUGCGCGAUCGCGCCGCGUCAGAGAAGGAGAAAGAUGAACGGAUGAGGGGAUUGGAGGAGAGGACGGGAUCCAUGGAAAGGGAGAUCCUAUCCCAGAAUCAGGAAAAUCAGAUCGCAGCACAAGAGCUGCAACAGGCAAAAAUGAAGAUUGAAGAGCUACAGAGGGAUCGGCACGAGGACACCGAACGACUCCAGGCAGACGGAGGAUCCUCAGAACAAUAUCAAUUAAUAACAAUAUUUUUUGUUUCUAAUACAAACCAAGACUUGGCCAAGGCAAAUGCCGAACCUCAAGAUGAGUCUGCAGAGAUGGCCAUGGUAAUCGCCGAACCUCAAGAAGAGUCUGCAGCGAUGGCCAUGGCAAUCACCGAACCUCAAGAAGAGUCUGCAGAGAUGGCCAUGGUAAUCGCCGAACCUCAAGAAGAGUCUGCAGAGAUGGCCAUGGUAAUCACCGAACCUCAAGAAGAGUCUGCAAAGAUGGCCAUGGUAAUCACCGAACCUCAAGAAGAGUCUGCAGCGAUGGCCAUGGUAAUCACCGAACCUCAAGAAGAGUCUGCAAAGAUGGCCAUGGUAAUCACCGAACCUCAAGAAGAGUCUGCAAAGAUGGCCAUGGUAAUCACCGAACCUCAAGAAGAGUCUGCAGCGAUGGCCAUGGUAAUCGCCGAACCUCAAGAAGAGUCUGCAGAGAUGGCCAUAGUAAUCGCCGAACCUCAAGAAGAGUCUGCAGCGAUGGCCAUGGUAAUCACCGAACCUCAAGAAGAGUCUGCAAAGAUGGCCAUGGUAAUCACUGAACCUCAAGAAGAGUCUGCAGCGAUGGCCAUGGUAAUCACCGAACCUCAAGAAGAGUCUGCAGCGAUGGCCAUGGUAAUCACCGAACCUCAAGAAGAGUCUGCAGUGAUGGCCAUGGUAAUCGCUGAACCUCAAGAAGAGUCUGCAGCGAUGGCCAUGGUAAUCGCCGAACCUCAAGAAGAGUCUGCAGCGAUGGCCAUGGUAAUGGCCGAACCUCAAGAAGAGUCUGCAGAGAUGGCCAUGGUAAUCACCGAACCUCAAGAAGAGUCUGCAGCGAUGGCCAUGGUAAUCACUGAACCUCAAGAAGAGUCUGCAGAGAUGGCCACGGUAAUCACCGAACCUCAAGAAGAGUCUGCAGCGAUGGCCACGGUAAUCACCGAACCUCAAGAAGAGUCUGCAGCGAUGGCCAUGGUAAUCGCCGAACCUCAAGAAGAGUCUGCAGCGAUGGCCAUGGUAAUCGCCGAACCUCAAGAAGAAUCUGCAGCGAUGGCCAUGGUAAUCACCGAACCUCAAGAAGAGUCUGCAGCGAUGGCCAUGGUAAUCGCCGAACCUCAAGAAGAGUCUGCAGCGAUGGCCAUGGUAAUCGCCGAACCUCAAGACGAGUCUGCAGCGAUGGCCAUGGUAAUCGCCGAACCUCAAGAAGAGUCUGCAGCGAUGGCCAUGGUAAUCACCGAACCUCAAGAAGAGUCUACAGUGAUGGCCAUGGUAAUCGCCGAACCUCAAGAAGAGUCUGCAGCGAUGGCCAUGGUAAUUGCCGAACCUCAAGAAGAGUCUGCAGCGAUGGCCAUGGUAAUCACCGAACCUCAAGAAGAGUCUACAGCGAUGGCCAUGGUAAUCGCCGAACCUCAAGAAGAGUCUGCAGAGAUGGCCAUGGUAAUCGCCGAACCUCAAGAAGAGUCUGCAGCAAUGGCGAUGGUAAUCACUGAACCUCAAGAUGAGUCUGCAGCGAUGGCCAUGGUAAUCGCCGAACCUCAAGAAGAGUCUACAGGGGUGGCCAUGGUAACUGCCGAACCUCAAGAAGAGUCUGCAGAGAUGGCCAUGGUAACUGCCGAACCUCAAGAAGAGUCUGCAGCAAUGGCCAUGGUAAUCACCGAACCUCAAGAUGAGUCUGCAGCGAUGGCCAUGGUAAUCGCCGAACCUCAAGAAGAGUCUGCAGAGAUGGCCAUGGUAAUCGCCGAACCUCAAGAAGAGUCUGCAGAGAUGGCCAUGGUAAUCGCCGAACCUCAAGAAGAGUCUACAGCGAUGGCCAUGGUAAUCGCUGAACCUCAAGAAGAGUCUGCAGAGAUGGCCAUGGUAAUCACCGAACCUCAAGAAGAGUCUGCAGCGAUGGCCAUGGUAAUUGCCGAACCUCUAGAAGAGUCUGCAGCGAUGGCCAUGGUAAUUGCCGAACCUCAAGAAGAGUCUGCAGAGAUGGCCAUGGUAAUCGCCGAACCUCAAGAAGAGUCUGCAGAGAUGGCCAUGGUAAUCACCGAACCUCAAGAUGAGUCUGCAGCGAUGGCCAUGGUAAUCACCGAACCUCAAGAAGAGUCUGCAGAGAUGGCCAUGGUAAUCACCGAACCUCAAGAAGAGUCUGCAGAGAUGGCCAUGGUAAUCACCGAACCUCAAGAAGAUGCUGGAGCCGAAAUUCUGAACGGCAGAAUGGACCUGUACUGGAUAAAAGAGGAGAUCUACAAGAUGAAGGCUCGACAGAUGAGCAACCAACUGAUCAAGCAAAUGACCAGCACACAGCUCUUCCGGCCGGGACAAUGUGACGAUGCGCCCGCCAUAGAGCCUGAAGAACCCGCUGACCUCCAAGUACUGGGAAGAAAAAUCAAGUGCUAUGAGCCUUCAGAACGCGAUGACAUCACACGGCUUCCCGCUGCCAGCCAAUCACUGCGAGGACACAAGUGCUAUGAAGAGACGAGGAGCACACCAAGACCUCCUGCUGUACUGAAAAAGGAAACAAAGCAGUCCUUCCCACUUCGAAAGGUCGUAAAAGACAUUAACAAGUGGAGCACACCAAAACAUCCAGCUGUACCCAAAAAGGAUACAAAGAAGCCCUUCCAACUUCGAAAUGUCGCAAAGCCUGCAGAAGGCGAUGAAAUCCGAUGGGCUCACGCUGGCCACCAAUCACUGGCGGAAAGUUACAACAAGAAGUUUGAGUGA